UAGUCAGUCUGCGGAUGCCCCCUAACUUGCCCUAUGUUUUCUUCAUGUUGAAGCUAACGGCAACGGACCAUAAUAUGAGGCGGACAUUGACAUUGGUGCUGUCGCUUUAAACAUAUCUGAGUACCAGGAAGUAGCAGCUCCUGGAAAAACACCGCUGAAUAAAAGCCUACAGGUGGAUAACGUUACCGAUACCGGGCCGGCUCCCAUAGCCAGAGGUGGUGUGACUGUAACACAUCUUUAACGUUAGAUGAUGAUGAUAAAGGUUGUCGUGCUUUACUGUACCUAACGUUAACGUUACACGUCUUGCUGUCAGUUGUCUGUUCCGUUGUGUCGGUUAAGGAGUGAUUUUCCGUUACAUACCGUGAGCUAGCAGGUUAGCUCUAUUCUGUAGCUAACGUUUAGCUACUUGUGUGACAAAGCCAUGUUUGUGUCACAUUUGGAGCUAUGGAGAACAUAUUGGGAGUGUUCCAGACCUUACACGGUGUACAUCUGCUCCGUCACGGCCGCACUAUACUAUCUGUGGGGCCGCAAGUCUCAGGCAGCACAAAGGCACCAGCCCUGGUUUCUAGCAAGGCUUUUAGCGCAUUCCUCCACAAGCACUGUCCUGUUGUGGCUGAGCGCUUCAGUCCCACUCCGUGGUGCUGGGGAGGCCGGCUUCAAACCCUGGUCUGUGCCCUCCUCAAGUCCAGACCCACCGUCACUUAUCGCAAUGAGCUGAUCCGUACGGUUGACGGGGGUCAGAUCUCUCUGGACUGGGUGGACAAUUGGGAGAGUGCAAGCUACCCAGAAUCCUCUACCCGGCCCACAGUACUGAUCCUCCCAGGCCUGACAGGCAACAGCAAGCAGUCAUAUGUGCUCCAUACCAUUAGCCAGGCCACCCGCCGCGGCUACAGAUGUGUGGUCUUCAACAACAGAGGGCUAGGAGGGGAAGAGUUAUUGACGCCUGUCACCUACUGUGCAGCCAAUACCUCAGAUCUAGAGCGUGUGGUGCACCAUGUCAAAGGACUUUACCCACAUGCCCCUGUGCUUGGUGCUGGUGUGUCUAUGGGAGGCAUGUUAUUAUUGAACUACCUUGCCCGUAAGCGUACAGAGUCAGGGAUGGUGGCGGGUUUCACCAUCUCUGUCCCCUGGAAUGCACUGAAGUCCGCUGCCUCAAUGGAAGAACCUCUCAACUGGCUGCUCUUCAACAAAUACCUCACGAGCGGCCUGUGUGAUGCUGUUACCCGGCACAGGAAGGUUCUGGAGGAAGUAGCAGACAUUGACUAUGUCUUGAAGGCGCAGACUAUCCGUGAGUUUGACGAACGCUUCACCUCUUUGCUGUUUGGUUAUAAAACUUGUACGGACUAUUACCUUGAUGCCAGCCCAGACAAUAAACUCCCCAAUACAGCAGUACCCAUCUUGUGUCUCAAUGCUGCUGAUGACCCCUUCUCCCCCCAACAUGCCUUCCCGUUGACCACAAUCCAGAGCCUGCCGAAUGUUGCUCUGUUGUUGACGGCCCACGGUGGACACAUCGCCUUCAUGGAGGGUUUUUUUCCCCGGGGUGAGAGCUACAUGGAGCGCCUUUUUGGUCAGUUUGUUCAAGCUGCCUUUGAACACCCUAAGGACAUCAAGAAAGCCUGCGGCAUUAGGGAGGAGCAUAAAAGCUGAUCAUCUUUCACUUUGUUUGUACUCUGAACCUGACUGAAUACAAUAAUGACCAGCUAGCUGGGAGGAAUAUAAAGGUUCACUGGCGUCAUAGCAGUAGAACAGCAAUUUACAAAAAUGAUUGCCCCGCUUUGCAUGCUGUUAUCUUACCACAGAAAAUGGGUCCCCUCCAUGUUUGCACAGGGAAUGACCGACUGUAUUUUACCAUCAUAUUACCUUACUGCAAAUAUGCUUAUCUACCUCCUCAUCGUCUCAGGUUCUCCUUUAUUGAGCAAUCAACAAAGGUUUAAACUCAUUUUUUAAGUAUUCAAGAAAUCUUGCAGCCAACUAAUAAGUGAAUGUCUAAUAAUAUUGUAUCAACACAAAAAACAAUAUACACUAGUAGUACUAAUAUUAGUGAAUGAAUUAAUGAAUGUUAGUUUUAAA